GCUGUUUUAGCCAAUGGUAUGUUCCAUUUUAUCCAUAGAUUUUGGUACUGUUUCAAGCAAUCUUUUGUUCAAUUUUGUUUCUUUUUGGCUUGGGGUCAUUUUGGUACGAUUCUAUUUUCGCUAUAGCCCUACAAGCCCCAUUGAUUAGUCAGUUAACCCAACCCCCAGAAACGGUAUCAAAGUACUCUCAUCAUAAGAGGGCAAGACGGACAUUGGACAGUUAUAUACUUCAACAAGAUAAACCUUGGCCAUACAUGAAUUUUUCACUGCAGGUGGUAGGCACAAAUUGAACUAUUUUGAUUUACAUUUGUCUCUGACCAUGAGAGACAUUAUAACUAUCCAAAUGACCUGUCUUGUUUCUUUAUGGUCAGUUAAACAGUUAAAGUUUGUUUUAUUUAAAGACACCACUAGAGCACAUUGAUUUAUUAAUCAUCAGCUAUGUACUUUCAUAACAAGUUUGUUAUUUAAACUGGAAAUGGUAUAUCUAAUAUAAUCUAUUUUAGAACUGGGUGAUAACCUAGAUUUAUCAUAAUUAAUACGAAACCCUAAGUCUUCAAUGGUGUGAAGUAAUUAAUUGGUGUGGUCGGUGACUAGCGAUAACAUGGCGGUUAGUAAAAAGUUAUCAACAUAUACUGUUGGUGAAUUUCCAGUGACCGUAUAGGUAAUAAUAGGUUGUACAGUUUUAGUAAAGAAAAAUGGUGAACAAGAUAAACCAAAUGGUAGAACUUUGUGUAUAAAAUUGGAAUAAACAUCCAUUUUCUGGUUAUCGCCAAAACGACCCUGCCCCAUCCACUGGCCUUGAGGCUGACGCUGUAAUGUCAUCUGUGGUUGAGUUGCUGCCGCUAAUGCAGCAGCGUUUCCAGGACGUGAAUUAAACCCAGCUGUAUUCUGCUAAGAACAAAAUAAUUUUGAUGUCGUAGAAUCAAACUACUGCUCUCCAGAACUUGAUCUGAGUGUUAAGUAUCACCAUGGCCAAAAGGACAGCUCAAACGGACUUGACUGACAGAAAUUGGGACGACGAGGAAGAACCUGAAGAGGCUGGUGUUUUCAAGCAAGCUUCAAAGGACGUCAUUAGUAAUCGUCAGAUUAAGAAAGCAAAGCGAAGAGUAAUUAAUGAGGAAGAAGACGACAAACCUAGUUCCUUUUCGGGAUUUUCAGGAUUUGGUUUGAAACCCAAGGUACCAGCUGAUACAUCCACUACUCCAGUGGGAACGGACCAUAGUGAAAACAUGGCAAACAGCCUAUUUUCUGUGAAAAAGAGGGAUGAUGUGAACGGGUUGGAUCCUAACAAGAAGAAAGAAUCACAGUACUUCCAGGACUUGAGAAAUCUUAAUGAAAGUGUAGUUGCCUGGAUAAAGCAGCAUGUGGAGAAAAAUCCUCUUUGUAUUUUGACUCCAGUUUUUAAAGAUUACGAAAAACAUUUGGCUGAUAUUGAGAAAUCAGAUGGAGAAUCCAAAGCUGUGAUAGAUUUAAAUAUACAUACAAGCACUUUCCAGGAUACCAAGGAGAAAGGGGAGAAAAAUUUAGUGGAGAAAAAAAUGGAAGAGAAGAAAUGGGAGGGGGAAAAACAAGAGGAGACAAAAAAAGGGGAAGAAAAAAAAGAGGAGAUAAAAAAAGCUCAAACACUUAGUGGUUUUCAGUUUGGAACAUUAUCAGGGGGUUCUGCAACAAGUAUGUUUGGUAAUCCAAGUUCGAGUUCCACAAAUGGGUUCAGUACGUUGAGUAGCACAAACUCAUUUCCAGGAUUUAGCUUCAAGACAAACACGAGUGACUUGAAGCCAACAUUUUCGUUUGCAUCACAGUGUUCACAGAAACUGGGCUCAACAGAUUCACAGCCUGAAAAGGGAGGAGAAGAUGAUGAGUAUGUUCCCCCAGAACCCGAGACCCGUGAGAUUAAAGAGGAUGGAGAAAUUUACAAAAACAGGUGCAAGCUGUUUUACCAGAAGGAAAAUAAAUGGACAGAGCGUGGAGUUGGAAAUCUUCAUUUGAAGCCAGUGGAUAAAAAACUACAGCUCAUAGUUCGAGCCGACACAAACCUUGGUAACAUCAUGUUGAACAUCUUCCUGACAUGUGACAUCCCCGUAAAGAAACAAGGCAAGAACAAUGUGUCCUUUGUGUGCCUGCCGAACCCUCCCAUCGAUCCGAAGGCAGACGCCAAGGUCCCAGUGCCCAUGCUGAUCCGCGUGAAGACGUCCGAGGAUGCUGAUAACUUGAUAAAAAUAAUUGAAGACAAUCUGCAUUGAAAUAAUUAAAUUAUGCCUUCGUAGGCAUCUAGAAAGACUUUCAGGGUUUAACGUGCCAUAAUAUGAUAUGGCGCGACUCCACAACUUAAAAUGGGGCACUGACAGUAUUCUAAAGUAGACUAAACCACAUAACUCUUUUCCAGUGAUGCCCAGGAGACUUCCUAACUGGAAAUAAAUAAAUUGAAUUAUAUUUACCUGUUAAAUAAUGGAUUUUUAACGUUCAGAAGAGGGUUACACACCCACAGGAUGGGUGCAUGCGCAUGCACACACACGAUCCACAUUCGCACAGGCAAGAAUAUGGUUAUUUCAUGGUUUUAUUUUUCUUUAGAUUUUAGGUUUACGGUGUUAAAUUUCCCAAUUUAAUAUUGUAAUUUCUGAAUAAUUUGGCCUCGCACUACAGGACUCACACUGGAAUGAAUUUUGUCAAUUUUCAGUUAUAUAGUGGAUUUCCUUGAAAUUAGUAAAAUGUAGCUAAUUUAAGGAAUAUUUUAUUAGCCAAACAUUUCAUGUUGUAGCCACUUUGUAUAAAAAAUAGCAAUUGGUUAAUUUGGCAAUGGACAGGGUGAGCCCCCUUUAUAUUCUUGAAGGAUAAUAAUUAUUUGUAAUUCCAAGUUUAUAUGUCAUGAAGUUGAAUUUCAGUACUGUGAUUGUCAAAUUGGAUGUCUGAGAUAAAACUGAUCUUGGAAUACAGUUACUUAAUGUUACAGAUCGCUUGCUUCAGUUGUGUUAUAUUCGUCGGACAUUUAUUAACAGCUUUACUUUAGAACAUUGUAUAAUGUGGGACUUCCAGCAGCUUGGAAACACUCUUAACAAAAAUCGUUUUAUUAAUUAACAUACUAGUAUGCUAUGCAAUUGUGAUAAUAUAUUCUAUCUACUACAUUGUAUUCUUAUCUUGGUCCUUGCAAUUCAUGUCCACAUUCACCAAUACUGAUGUAAAACUUGAAACAUCAACUAAUGUCUGCCUUUUUGGUUUUUGGUAGACACAUAGUAAGAAAUCCUAGAAUAGGCAUUUAAAAGUCUGGUACUGAGACAUAGUGUGUUGUAGCUGAAACAAACAACUUUUUUCUGAAUUACAACGACCAAGACAUAUUAAAUUAUAUACAGGUCAUUAAACCCACAAAACAUUUGUUAGAUCAACAUCAUUUCUUGCCAUGCUUGUAAUGCAUGCAGGGGGUCAAGAGAAUUUAACAUUAUGUGGUUAAAGUUAAUUUAUGAUCACAUUUCUAUAUUCCUUGUAAUGUAAUCCUGCUGUAUAAAGGCAUUCUGCUAUAAGUUGGUAAUAUUUUAUCGUGUAAUUGGUGGGUUUUAAUUCAUUUAAAGUUUGGUCAAGUUUUUCUGAUUGCCUUUAAUAGCAUGGUCACAAUGAACUCGACUGAAGUGUGAUGAGUCGCAGGAUAGAUUACCUUCAGUGGAAGAUGGUUUACCAACAUCCUAACAGAUGCCCAUGACUAGUACAUCAAAAGACCAUCGUAUGUUCAGACCCGUCUAUGGGAAAGUGCAUAUAAAAGAUUCAUUGCUGAUUAAUGCAUAGGAAGCACCUGUUUGAUGGUUGUGGGCUUCCUCCCUCUUAAAUAUUGAAAUAACCAUAUGUUAGACACUGAAUAAACAUUCCUUUCCAUUAGUGGAUUGCUUUAAUAAUUGGUAUUGUAGUUCAUCAGGGGAGUCCUUUAACUGCAGACCAGAGGUGUGUAUAGGAGGGUGAGUUUAUGUUCUCUAAUAUCACAGACUGGCAAGCAAUCUUGAGCGCUUGCUCUCCUGAACACGUCUUUUUACCCCAUGAAUAUAACUUGAUGUCUUUCAUAUUUUAUUUAGAGUGUUCAACAAGUGAUAGUGUUGCAGCUACUCAUCAUUCUGGUUCAUGAAUCUGACCCUAAAGAACGGUACUGGUCAUUGUGAACUUGGUAAACAAAUGGUUUAAUCACUCUUGAAACCUUUUCUUGUAUUGGAGAGUAAUCUACACAUUCCCAUCUCCUUAAAUAUGAUGCCAUGGCAAGGUACAUUAUUUUGAAAGGAACCUGGGGCCUAAUUCACAAAACUAUCGCAACUUUGCGAUCUCGCAGUGCAAUGCUAAAAUACUUGCAAAGCGGAGACUUUAUUGUCUAGCAGAGCCUAAGAGAGCUUUGUGAAUUAGACCCCUGAUUGUUUAAUACUGUUUCAUACUACUUGGGGGCUGGGGAGAGGGGUGCACACAAAAGAAACAAAAAAUUCUGUUCUGUAAUUUUUUGAUGUUCUGGAAGUGGAUUUGUGGAAUACGUUGUGGGAAGUGUGAUCUUAGUUGACUUAGUAUCACAUUAUGAGAAUAGAUUUAUCUGUUUACUGUCCGAUACAUGAUAUGCAGGCCAUUAUGUUUCAUCAUUCUAGUUUAUUUACCCUUGCAUAGGUGCUUGACACAGGUUUUAUACUAAUGACAUUGUGUAAGCUCCAAUCUUCAGCCUUUUUUAAUUAGACAUGCAGACACUUCAUUUUGUUUGCACAUUUGGUAUUCUAAUGUAUAUAAAGGAAACCAUGUAUGUAUGCUUAUUGAGGACAGAAUACACCCAUCGACAUAAAGUGCAUUAUUCUAGACCAAAUAAUGCAAAGUACAGUAUUGAUGAUACUUGCCAGUAUCUGAUUACUUAAUGUGCUGGGGUGUCAUUAAACUAAUACUUCUUCUCCUUUCAACACCACUAUGCAGAACUGGUGCUUAAUUACAUUUACACGAAAAUGAAAUUAUAACUUUUGCAGUUAAAAAUUGUUAUGGUUGGUAUUUAUUAUAUAAAAGGUACUUGGUGUGUAUACUAUAUAGCGCACAAUGGCUGUAAUAUCAGUUAAUAUUGUUUCGUGAAUAUGGGAAAUAACUGAGGACUCCUUUUAAAUAUAUGUGUCCAUGUAAGGUUGGUAGUGUAUAAUUUGUUAUUGUUCAUAAAAAUUUGUAUGAUUUUGUCCUUGUGAAAAAUGGAAGUAUUUCUUAAUUGUUAUUUAAUACACAUUUGACAAUGUUAAUGGAAGCUGAAGAAGAAUGUUAAUGUAAACACUGAUUGCAUAGAUGUAAAUAUGACUUGACAGGUAUAUAUUUAUAUUUUGUAUAGGAACAAGUUAAGCCAACUUAACAACUAUAUUGUUUUCUGUAACGAAUUGACUUGAAAAAUGGGCAAGGAUUUAUUUUUCAGUAAGAGUAAAAAUUAACAAUUAACAAAACGAAAGUAAAUGUUUGGUUGGGUUGUGGCAUACCAGAUGUUUUUUAAAGAUUGCCUUUGUUUCUUUAAGGAAUAUUGGGUCAUUCCUGGUAAAUUCAACCAGGUACCAGCCUCGGUGGUGUAAUUAACAAUGGUACUUAUUAAUUUUCUACCUCAGUAUCGGCUCCCACCUUUCUUGGGGGAAAAAAAAAGGUUUUAUGUGAAGUCAUGGCAAAUUACAUGAGUGUUUGGUUACAGUAUAUAAUAUAUUUUUGUUAAGUUGACUAUAUAAACACUGGCCUACAUGGGAUGAAGUAUCAUUUUAUGUUUUCACUUGCCUUCACACACAGGAUACUUUUAGAAGGGAGGGGAGGAUGUUGAACUAGUUUUUUUUAAAUUGUCAGAGACAGUAAUGUAUUUGAUUUAAUAAAGAAAUAUUUAAUUACAAAAA